AAUUUCAUGUCUUAAGUAUCUUUUCUUCCCCCACUUUCCUAUGUCUACUAUGGUCUAGGAAUCCUUAUACUUUGAAGGUUAUUCUAAUACUGUUUUCUGUUGUGCUUAGCUCUAUUACAGCAUCAGACACCAAAACCAGCUAAAUCUAUCAGCCAACAAGAUUUCGGGUUUUAGGGAAGUACCAGUCACUAAUGGUUGCAACCGAAACUGAUAAGAUCAAUCAUGUAGAACCCGAUUCACCAGCAAUGACAACAAGCAUAGAUCCUCAAAACGAUCAUGAAACCGAUGAACACAACAUCAAUUACAUGUUUUCAGGCUUGGGGCGUCAGUCAUCGAUCUAUUCUCUUACGUUGGAUGAGUUUCAACACGCUCUUAGCGAGAAUGGCAAGAAUUUCGGGUCAAUGAACAUGGAUGAGUUUCUAAACAGUAUCUGGACUGCAGAAGAGCAUCAAGCUCUUAAUGAUACUAUGGCAGCUAGUAGGGGGAUGAUCGAUAAGCAGCCGAGCUUGCCUAGACAAGGCUCACUUACUCUCCCUUCCCCGCUUUGUAGGAAGACCAUCGAUGAAGUUUGGACUCAGAUUCAGAGGACCCAUCAGUCUGAGGAUGUGCAGCAGCAGAAUCAGCAGCAACAGAUGGGAUAUUCUACAUCUGGUUCGACUCAAUGCCAACCUACAUUCGGAGAGAUGACUCUAGAGGACUUUUUGAUUAAGGCGGGUGUUGUCAGGGAACAUCCGAACUUAGCGACAACACAAGCUCCGCUACCUCCACAUCAGUUCGGGUUUAGUGCUCCUGACACGAAUGCCACGUUUGCCACACGACCCAUGUUUGCGAAGACUUCAGGAGGGGUGGCCUACCAGCCUAUGCCGGCUACUGCAGGAGAGAGGUCUAGGAUAAGGAACCAAAAGAGCGAUGAUGGAUACGCAACUGUAAUGGUGAGGCCGUCAGUUGGAUUCUAUGCACCUGGUACGAGGUUGUCACCAGUUAGCCCGGUUUCACCAGAGGAAAUGUGUGGUCGAGGGCAGUACGAGGCCGACAUGCCAAUUUUCCGGGGGAGGAAGGGGAUUAUUGAUGGCCCAGUUGAGAAGGUUGUGGAAAGGAGGCAGCGGAGGAUGAUCAAGAACCGAGAGUCUGCAGCCAGGUCUAGAGCACGGAAACAGGCGUAUACAGUAGAGCUAGAAGCAGAACUAAAUCAGUUAAGAGAGGAGAAUGCACAAUUAAAGCAGGCCCUGGCACAAAUCGAACGACAAAGAAAACAGCAGGUAUUCUUCUGUAUACCUUUAAGAAAACCUUUGCCACUUAUACGAGUAAUAAUUGUUCGUUUUCUCGUGGUUUGCAGAAUCGGAAGGAACAGAGCUCAACAGCAGAAGAUCUUCCAUUCACAAGAACAGCCCACAAAGGCACAAAUCCUAGCAAACUCUAAGCUUCAGCUAUUGAAUUGGCAUUUGACCGUCUUCCCGGCGGCAAGAAUUGGGGCAAUUGGUAUUGGUACUUUUACUUUACUCAAAUUUGAGAGUCUUUUUGGGCAAUUUGGUGCAUCUAUGGAAAAGGGAAGCGAUAAUUAUAAGCUGUCCAUUGUAGAAUUGUUGAGUUUAAAAUUUGAUAUGGCAACUUGUGGAUUGAAAAUUCUUACUUCUGAUGCUGGAAACUCGAGGGUUAUAUUGACCGUUCUUGGAAGAAGACACCCGUUAGCCAGUCAAUUGAGUAGAGUGACUUCCCUCAAAGUUUUUGAUGAAAGGAACAGUCCAUGGACCAAUAGCCAAAAAACGGCGUUAUCAUGUUCGGCCAAGUUCAAGUGUUCUUCGAAUUCACACAGCAUAAGUAAAUCUAAUAACAAUGAUCCGUUUCUCAAUCUCCACCCUGAAAUUUCAUUGCUUAGAGGAGGUGAUGUGAACAGCCCGAGGAAUGAUGGUCCAAGUGGAAGUGUGACUGAUAACUUGAGAGAGCCAUCUAAGACUAAUAAUUAUAAUGAAGCUACAAUCAAAGUUAUUGGGGUAGGGGGUGGUGGUUCGAAUGCUGUCAAUCGAAUGAUUGAGAGCUCCAUGAAAGGUGUUGAGUUUUGGAUUGUCAAUACUGAUAUUCAAGCUAUGAGAAUGUCUCCUGUUUUCCCAGAGAACCGCUUGCAAAUUGGUCAGGAGCUCACUCGAGGUCUAGGAGCUGGAGGAAACCCCGAAAUAGGAAUGAAUGCAGCUAAUGAAAGCAAAGAAUCAAUAGAAGAGGCCCUUCGUGGCUCAGACAUGGUCUUUGUGACGGCUGGAAUGGGUGGUGGCACUGGAACUGGUGCAGCACCUGUGAUUGCAGGGAUUGCAAAGUCAAUGGGUAUCUUGACAGUUGGUAUCGUGACAACCCCGUUCUCUUUUGAGGGAAGGAGGAGAGCAGUUCAAGCACAAGAAGGAACUGCGGCGUUGAGAGAGAACGUUGACACUCUCAUUGUCAUUCCAAAUGACAAAUUAUUGACUGCAGUUUCCCCAAAUACACCCGUUACUGAAGCAUUUAACCUAGCUGAUGAUAUUCUACGUCAGGGUGUUCGUGGCAUCUCAGAUAUAAUCACGAUUCCUGGUCUUGUGAAUGUGGACUUUGCGGAUGUGCGUGCGAUUAUGGCAGAUGCUGGUUCUUCAUUGAUGGGGAUUGGAACUGCUACUGGUAAGACCCGAGCUAGAGAUGCUGCCCUUAAUGCCAUCCAAUCACCUUUGCUUGAUAUUGGCAUAGAAAGAGCUACUGGCAUUGUGUGGAAUAUAACCGGUGGAAGUGAUUUAACUUUAUUCGAGGUGAAUGCUGCAGCAGAAGUUAUAUAUGAUCUAGUAGAUCCAACGGCCAAUCUGAUAUUUGGAGCAGUGAUAGAUCCCACACUUAGUGGUCAGGUUAGUAUAACUUUAAUAGCAACCGGGUUCAAACGCCAGGAAGAUGGUGAGAGCCGGCCUGUCCAGGUAACUCAGCAAGCACAGGGAGAAGUUGGCUAUGGUUUCAACCAACGGCCUUCGUUUAGUGAAGGUAGCUCAGUCGAAAUCCCCGAGUUUUUGAGGAAGAAAGGGCGUUCACGUUAUCCUAGAGCAUGAUUCAUCUGUAAGCACCGAGAACCUUCUAUUCAACCGGACAUAUAGUUUCCGUCUGCAGGUAAAAUUAUCACUCCGAUAUCUAGCUCGUACAUAACAGCCUUUUACUUGUUUGAGAUAUAGGGUCUUAAAAUAAAAAGUAGCUUGCUUUACAUUUCUCUUGUAUACCAUGAAGUGUUCAAAACACUGCACUUGCUUUGAACUGUGAUACACAGUAAACUUUAAGGUUAUAACUGCCUUAAUUUCUGCAUGAAUUUUUUGUUCUUCGGUUUUCUGGUUAGCUUUAUGUAGUGCGCUUUCGCUCGAGAGUCGAGUAUCGACCAUAUUCAUAUUGCACCUUGAAUUUUUGUCU